UCCGCGAGUCUAAUCAAAAUUCAGUUCCAUUAUGCAACGUCACUGAACAGUGCACGGCUCCAGCAUUCAAUUCCCCCAACAAUUGCAUUUAACAAGUGAUAUUUAAGCACACAAUUGUCUCAGACAGCAAUAAAAUGCUCCGAAACUGUCGCAGCGCUCUGCAGCCAAUCCGCCUCCUCCUCACAGCUAAAGAUCCCUGUCAGCCCCAACCGCAACGCCAGCAACAAAGCGCCGCAGCCACCAGCGGAAGCAUGGAGAAGUUCGAUCUGCCCAAGCGACUGCAGGGGAGCACGCCAAGCGUGUGGAACGAGUACAUCGCUUUGGCCAUGCAGUACAAGCCCCUGAAUCUGGGACAGGGCUUUCCCGACGAUGCCGCCCCCGAGUAUGUGACCCAUUCGCUGGCUGACAUUGCGCAGGAUGAGAAUCCUCUGCUGCAUCAGUACACCCGAGGAUACGGUCAUGUGCGUCUGGUUCAGGCUCUUUCCAAGUUGUACAGUGGACUCGUGGGACGUGAGCUUAAUCCGCUCAGCGAUAUCCUCAUCACUUCGGGGGCGUACGAAGCUCUGUACUCCACCAUCAUGGGUCAUGUGGAUGUCGGCGAUGAAGUGAUCAUCAUCGAACCCUUCUUCGAUUGCUACGAACCCAUGGUGAAAAUGGCUGGCGGUGUCUCACGUUUUAUUCCACUGAAGCUGCGCAAAACAGAGCAGGGUCCGAUCAGCUCCGCGGAUUGGGUGCUGGACGACGCCGAGCUCGAGAGUCUCUUCAAUGCGAAAACCAAAAUGAUCAUCCUGAACACGCCGCACAAUCCGAUAGGAAAGGUCUUCAACCGCAGGGAGCUAGAGCGCAUUGCCGAGCUGUGCCGCAAGUGGAACGUUCUGUGUGUCUCGGAUGAGGUGUACGAGUGGCUUGUCUUCGACGGAGCCGAGCACAUACGCAUCUGCACGCUGCCGGGGAUGUGGGAUCGCACCAUCACGCUUGGGUCCGCGGGCAAGACUUUCUCCGUCACUGGCUGGAAGAUCGGCUGGGCCUACGGGCCGUCUCAGCUGAUCAGGAACCUCCAGAUGGUGCACCAGAACUCUGUUUACACUUGCCCCACGCCCCUUCAAGAGGGUGUCGCACGCAGCUUCGAAGUGGAGCUGGCCCGUCUGGGUACACCAGAGAGCUACUUCCUCAGCCUGCCCCGCGAGCUGAAGGAGAAGCGGGAUUUCAUGGCCAAAUUCCUGUCGGAGGCUGGGAUGCGUCCAACCAUCCCCGAGGGCGGCUACUUCAUGCUGGCCGACUGGUCACCGCUAGCAAGCAAAGUGGACCUGAGCUCAGAAACGGACAAGCACCGUGACUACAAGUUCACCAAAUGGAUGACGAAGAACAUGGGAUUGCAGGGCAUCCCACCUAGUGCCUUCUACAGCGAGCCCAACAAGCCGCUGGGCGAGGACUUUGUGCGCUACUGCUUCAUCAAGAAGCAGGAGAACCUGGACAAGGCAGCCGAGCUGCUCAGAAAGUGGAAAUAG